AUGAACGGAGCUCUCCAACGGCCUGAAUGCUCCAUUUGCUUGGAGUGCAUUAAACUAAAUGAAAUUUCUGCACUCAGCUGUGGCCAUCUGUUUCACCCGUACUGUAUUGUUAGCUGGAUUAAGACUUGGGGUAACUGUCCUGUAUGUCGGAAAAAAAUUAUAAGUGAGGAUCAAAUUGUUCGGCAGUUAUUCUUUGAAGUGGACGAUCGCGAUUUCAGUGAUCAGAAUCAUCAAAUCUGUGCUUUGCGGACUAAGCUCAACGAUCUUUUGGAAGAACUCAAAGCGUCCAAGGAUACGAAUAAGACUUUGAAGGACGUUUGUGAAAGCCAUUGUGUUCGUUAUAAUCAACUUGUAUGUGUUUGUUAA